CACACACACUUCCGGCUUCACGUCGCCUGCCCUGCGCCUGGGUCCUAGUUUCCGCCGUUCCCUAACGCUUCACAAACAAAGAACAUGGCUGACGUCGGAUACAACUGGCUGCUGGUCCUGAGCUCGGUCUUUGUGUGUAAUCUCGUCAAAACAUUACUACCGUCCAUUUCCUCACUUCUGUCAAAGAUCCUGCAGAAAGAUGCUGAGCAGGAAAUGGAGAUGCGAACAGAAAUCCAGAACAUGAAGUUGGAGCUUUCGUCUAUAAGCAUGAUGGAUGAAUUUGCCAGGUAUGCAAGACUGGAGCGCAAGAUAAACAAGAUGACAGACAAGCUGAAAACUCAUGUGAAAUCGAGAACAGCUCAGCAGGCUAAAAUGAAAUGGAUUGUUAACAUAAUUUUCUACAUUCUUCAGGCGGCGCUCAUGAUCUCACUUAUCUGGAAGUAUUACGCAGACCCAGUCACUGUGGUUCCCAGCAAGUGGAUUUCACCACUGGAAAGACUUGUAGCUUUUCCAUCUGGAGUUGCAGGUGGUGUUGGAAUAACGUGCUGGUUGGUGGUCUGCAACAAAGUGGUAGCCAUUGGCAUUCAUGCUUUUAGCUAAUUGCUAUUUUAAGGCAUCUGUCUACAACUGUGGAAAGUACUUACAAGAUCUCAAAAUCAUGUUUGCAAAUUGGGUUAUUAUGGGAACUACCAUUUCAUUAAAGCCAAACUAUGCAGUUUCUUUAAAGACGUUUUGGCUACCAAAUUACCCACGCUGAAUUUUAGGAAGACUGCAACCCAUCCCUUCUCUUGGUUGUUAUAGCAAAAGUUACUUUUUGUUGUAAAUUUGUCAUUUUGAAUAUUAAAUUAUGAAUUGAUUUUGAGCAUCAUUACACGUUUUUCAUAUACCAUCAGUGAUUUAUUUAAAUUUUGUAUAACGUGAGUGGUCUAUGGUUAUCUCAAAUGUAAAUACAGCUGUGCCUCUUUAUUGCAUUUGUAUAUAGAUUGUCAUCAAUGCAUUUAAGAAAUACAUAGUAAAACAAAUAGAACUGUAUACUGGAAACACUAGUGACGUAUGUAACUCUGGUUCUAUAAACACUGAAUAACAGCCAGAGAUGAUGAAUGUCAUAUGGAAACCUUGUGUGCAUGGUGAUGUAACCCAGGUAGCAGUAAUGCAGACUUCUAGGUCCAAGAAGUAAUAUCCAUGAGGAGGAGAUAUUCCUCAUAGAGUAUAGGGUCCAGCUAUCCAGCCCACCUGUAUGAUAUGGAGAUAAUGUGUAUCACCUAGUGGUCCAGUUUCUGUUUAGACAUGGACAGGCCCCUUGUCUUUCCUCCAUGACAGGCAAACUGUUAACUGUAUUUGGUCUACAUAGUAUCAUAGGGCAUGUACUGGGCAUAAGAAGGAAUGCUUCAGAAUGCUGCAAGGUCAAUUGAUUUGGUUAACAAAAUUGCUAUGACCUUGAUCAAAAUCCCUGGGUUUUCCACAAGGUCAUUCCAGAAUCAUCUAACCACCAUAGCAUGCAAGGGAAGUACUCCUUAAAUAGGGACUCAAAGGGCUCCUUCAGAAAGGGGAGAGUUUAUUGGUGGGCUCUUGGGGGAGCGUAACAGACAAAGAUACCUUGUUUAGAAAGUGUGUGAUAAUUUUAUGAGCCCCCAGCAAGACAUCACUUGUACUGAUAGGUCAUAGUCCUCAACCUGCACAUUAAUCUGAGGGGGCAAACCCAUUGGCACAGUGAAGAAGCUGCCAAGGUGUUCUGACCAAUGGAAAGCAAUGCCUCAAUGACCAUUUUGAGUCAAUGAGUAGGACUUUUUGGCCCAAUUGCUGAAUUCUGUGCAACAUGCGCAGUCACAGUCAAAUCGAGCCAACGGUGACUCGAUUUGCCAUUGGCGAAGCAGUCCACCUGUGCCCUGCCAAACUUCUCCCAGAUCUGGUAAACCACUCCUGGGUGCAGAGGCCAGGCAUAUGCAGUGCCUUGACAGCGCAUCUGUCACACCAUUGUGUCAUACCAGAAAGUGAGUUCCCUCAGUGAGGCUAACCAUGGGUGCACCCACCUUAUGAGUUUUCAUGCAAGGUAGACAGCGCCAUCCAACUUUGACUCUUGAUUAUUGUCAUAAUGGUAAAGCACAUCAAUGUUAAAAUGGACCAACAUAUGGCAGUGUCUCAGAACCAGUAAGAAGAACUGCUGUUCUAAUCUCACAGUGUAGUUGACCUCUGUUUCUCUGACUCCACACUGCCCCCAGCCAUUGAGAGAGGGUACGUGGUGGCUUCAAUGGGGUAACCCUCGCAAGCUGACCCCUAUUGACAGAAAUGCUUUGUGUCUCCACUGAGCUAGAGAUGAGGACACCUCUCUGUUUAUGGUGCUUGGGGAUUAGUUACAGGUGGCUAACUGACUUCUGGAAGUUCCUUAAUUCCAGCAGGCCUAAGGGAACUACAGCUGGAGCUGCAGUCAGCAACCCUAAUGUCCUUAACUGGAGAUGGUACCACACCACAUUGAUUGUUCUGAUUUUGCUUUAAAUAACAAUAAGAAUGUUCAUAGUCUGAUUUUAGCAAACACAGUAAUCUCUGGGACUCUUUGAGACUCUAGCUUCACACCAAUGAAUUGUGUUAUGUAUCUCUUUUCUGACUUAGUAUUGUGUACAAUGAGUCCCAAAUAGCAUUAGUCAGGGCACACAUGAACCUGUAAUUCUAAAAUGCUGGUAUUCUGAUGCCAUUGGCCAUUGUGGUAAUAGGGCAACCUGCAUACUCCUGCAAGACUUGUGGCACGUGUGGCUGAGGCAAAUAGUACAUGUCGUCACUUUGUGACUUUCUUGGGAGAUUUUGGCAUGUGCAUAUGCAUGCACAAGAAGGUAUUCAGGUGAUAUUCCCCCACCGCUAGUGGUUAAGAGGGGUGAAACAGAACCUGCUUUAUAUUUAUUGAAUUUUGG